AUGCAACCAAUUCCUUGGGAAAAAGUUAAUAGAACUGAACCAUUACACGUUUUAAUUACUGGAGCCGCUGGUCAAAUUGGAUACAAUUUAUGUUUUCUCAUUGGAAGAGGAUUUUUAUUUGAUUGUGAUGUUAUUCUUCAUUUGUAUGAUCUAAACGAUAUGGCACUAAAAGGGUUAUCAAUGGAAUUAACUGACUGUUGUUUACCAAAACUAAAAGGAGUCAUUUCUACUACAGAAACUGAGCUUGCUUUUAGUAAUGUUGAUGUUGCAAUUAUUGUUGCAGGUAUUCCACGAAAACCUGGAAUGCAACGUAGUGAUUUGAUCAGUGUAAAUAAAAAAGUAAUGGAAAUGAAUGGAAAAGCACUUGGAACUUAUUCAAGUAAAGACGUUCGUGUAGUUGUUGUUGCUAACCCUGCAAAUACCAAUGCUUAUGUUAUUUGUCAAACAUCAGGUAUUCCACCUGAACAUAUAACUGCAUUAACACGUUUAGACCAAAACAGAGCAACUGCAUUUGUUGCUAAUAAAGUAGGAUGUCAACCAGAAUUUGUUCACAAUAUUAUUGUUUGGGGAAAUCACUCUAAUACAAUGCAACCAGAUCUUUCAUAUUCAUAUCUUGCUGAUCAAAACGGUAUUAAACCAUUAGCUAAUUGUAUUGAAGAUUUUGAUGAUUUUACUGAAAAAGUUAGAUAUCGUGGUGAAGAAGUAAUCAAUACAAGAAAAGCAAGUUCUGCUGGAUCUGCUGCUCACGCAAUUUGUCAACACAUUAAAGAUUGGAUUUAUGGAACUAAGCCAGGAAUUAUGGUUAGUAUGGGAGUUUGUAGUCAUGGUGAAUAUGGAAUUAAUACAGGUCUCUUUUAUUCAAUGCCAGUGACAUGUUCAGCAGGUGAGUACCAUAUUGUUGAUUCUUUAAUAAUAGAACCAAGAAUCAAAGAUGCAUUAACUCUUUCAGAAUUAGAGCUAAUUGAUGAACGAAAUAUUGUUAAUUGA